AUGUUGCUUGCGGAAGAGAUAACUGACUCUGGGCACUGGGCCAAGGCGGUUGCCGUUUUGUUACAGGCAGAGUCGAAGGGCUUGGUGAAGGAAAGGGACUACGCGGCAGCAAUCACAGCUUGUGCGAAGAAGCAGAAGUGGACCUGGGCGCUGCACCUGCUUGCCAAAUGCUUGUCCACGGGCAAGCGGAUGAGAGAGGCCACCUGGAACAAAGUCAUCAGCUCAGCCGGCCGGACGAGAGCGUGGCAGGCGGCCGUUUCUCUAUUCGGGCAUUUUUUUGGUAGAGCCAUCCGACCUUCUAUCAUUGCUUACAGCGCGGUGGUCAGUGCCUGCGAAAAGGGAGAGCAGUGGCAACUGGCCAUGGGCUUCCUGCAGCAACUGGAAAGAGCCACACUGCAAGCAGACCUCAUCAUUUUGAAUACGGCAAUCAGCGCUUGUGGGAGCUGCGGCCGCUGGCAAAGCGCGCUGGCACUCCUUUGGGGCCUCAACGCCAGGCAGGUUCAAGGCGACGCCAUUUCUUUCAAUGCAGCCAUCAGCGCCUGUGAGAAGGGCGGGGCCUGGGCUCAUGCGCUUUUGCUCCUAGCUUCCCUCUUGCGCCAGGGGAGGGGUGACCGAAUCUCCUUCAACGCUGCCAUCAGCGCCUGCAAGGGCAACUGGCCGGCGGCAAUGCUUCUGCUACAGCAGAUGCAACAGCACCAGCUUGUCCCGGAUUUGAUUAGCAUCAAUGCAGCCAUGAGCGCCUGUGAGGGGCAAGGGUUUUGGGAGGGAGCCUUGUCAUUGCUGGGGUCAUUGCCCGGCCGAACUCUGACACCCAACGCAAUUUCAUGCGCUGCAGCUGUCAGCUCUUGUGGCAAGGGCGGGCGUUGGCAACUUGCGCUUGAAGUUGUGUCAGGCUGCCGCAGUCAGAGUUUGCGGGUUGAUGUCGUUUUGUGCAAUUCGGUGAUUUCAGCUUGUGGGAAGGGUGAUCAGUGGGAGCUAGCAGCAGGCCUGCUGUUUGAAUUCCGGAACGCCGGCCUUGGUCCCAACCUCAUCUCCUACAACACUGCCAUCAGUGCCUGCGAAGCAGCUGCCCAAUGGUCCAUGGCCUUGGCUCUGGUGGAUCCACUGCAUACUGAGGCGCUGCAGCCAGACCUCACAACCUUCAACGCGCUGAUCAGCGCCUGUGGCAAGGGUCAGCAGUGGCAGUUGGCCCUCGGUCUCCUGGACGGCGUUCGUGGGGACGAGGUCACCUAUGGUGCGGCAGUGGAUGCGAUGGCCCGGGCCGCCCAGUGGGAGGCGGCCCUCUCGCUGCUCCGCGCGAGUGCGGCUGGGCCUGGGCUCAACGAGGUGAUCUGUGCGGCAGGGAUCGGCGCUUGUGGCGCUGGGGGCCGGUGGCCGGAGGCGCUUUGCCUGCUGGCAGAGGCCAGGCGCAGCUCUGUGGCGAACUUGGUGGCCUACAACGCUGCAGCCAGCGCUUGCGAGAAGGCUGCACGCUGGGAGCUGGUUCUUCUUGUCUUCAGCGAGAUGGAAAAUGCACGCAUGUCUGCAGACGCGGUUACAUGUAGUGCAGUUACCAGCGCUUGCGAGCGCAGCAGGCAGUGGCAGAUUGCCUUACUCUUCUUUACCGCAAUGUGCGAGAAGCAAGCCAGCCUGGAUACAAUCAGCUAUGGGUCUGCCAUCAAAGCGUGUGAAACAGGCAAGGCUUGGGAGGAGGCCUUUUGGAUUUUCAGCUGCAUGUUGAAGAAGGGAAUUGUGCCAGACGAUCUCAUUUGCAACUCCCUGGCCAGUGCAUGUUACAUGACUGGACAGUGGCAAGCCGCUUUGAGCGUGAUGCGGAUGUUCCAAGAUCUGUCAGUUCCAGCCAGCACCAUCACUUACAACGCAGUCAUGAGCACGUGCGAGAGAAGUGGCAGGUGGCAGGUGGCCCUGGUUUUGCUGGAAGAGCUGCAGCAGCAACAGCUGGAGCCCAGCCCAGUGACCUGCAGCGUCUUGACCAGGACCUGCCACGCCAGCUCGCAGUGGCGCAAAGUGCUGGCCCUGGUGCAGAUCUUGCCUGCGGAUGUCAGCGCGCUGGGCACGGCGGCGGCCGCGGCCGAGGAAGCUCUGCAGCAUCGCGCCUUGCUGGAGCUGCUGGAGCGGGCAGCUUGCCACGGCCGCGCUCACCUGGAGGCCUGA